UUCACGUUGGCCAAUCAAACACAAGUCAUGUCUGUGAAGCCAGAGAAAAGCUCAAGACUCUUUCCACUCAGAAGAGAUAUUCGGUCACGAUGACACCUACAAAGAGUCUGAUCUGCCUCACAUGGUUGUUCUUGUGCAAAAUGGUUGGGAUGACCAAUCUGUCUUCAUCUGGUCGUCAACAGAGACAUUUUGUUUCAGCUCAUGUUGGUGAAAGUAUAACUUUACAGUGUUUCUAUAACAAGGAGGUACAAAAGAUUCUCUGGUAUAAGCAAACCUUUGGACACAAACCAAGGCUCAUCGUGACCUUCUUCCCAGCUAAUAAAACAAACACUUUUUCUGAUGAAUGCAAGGACAAUUCCCGUUUUACACUGGAUCAUGAAAAUGGCAAAACUCUCUUGAAGGUGUCAGAUUUACAUGUUUCAGACUCAGCUAUUUACAUCUGUGUAUUCGCUUAUCGCUUUGUAUUUGAAUUUAGAGAAGCCCACACUGUGAGUGUGGAGGGUUCAGGGUUGAACAUCAGAGCUCUGGUCCAACAGUCAUCGUCUGAGGAGAUCCAGCCAGGAGGAUCUGUGACCCUCAGCUGUACAGUUCAGACAGGGAUGUGUGAUGGAGAACACCGUGUUUAUUGGUUCAAGGACUCUCAAGAAUCUCACCAAGGAAUCAUUUACACCCAUGGAAACAACAGUGAUCAGAGCGAUGCUCCAACUCACUCCUGUGUCUACAGCCUGUCGAUGGAGAACUUAAAUCUCUCUCAUGCUGGGAUCUACUACUGUGCUGUCGCUACAUGUGGACGCACCGUCUUUGGAGACGGGACCAUACCUGACUUUAAGGAGGUCCAUCAUCGUUUACUCGUAUGUUCAGCAGUCACCACCCUGCUGAGUGUUUUACUGGCUUUCUCAAUCUGCAUCAGUAGCAAGAGAAACACCAGCUCUUGCGCAGGUACUUUGAAUUCUAACUUUGUUUUUAAACUAUUCCCGUGA